AAAAAGCCUGCAGCCUAUUUGUAUUUAUUGUGCCGUGUGGCCCACUCAGCCACAAUCACCCAAACGUGCCUAGUUGAUGGCUAUAAAUUCACAUUCGGUCUACUGCCAGUAUGUCCUUCUUUUCUCUCCUCCUCUCAUUCUUAUCUUACCGACACUUGAGCCAUUUGACAAUACACAACCUUUACUCCCUUCACAAUUAGCGUAUCAGACCUCAACCAAUCCACAACCUACCCAUCAUGUCGGCCCGUCCUUACUCCAACACCGCCUUCAACACCGACUACAAGGUCAAGGCCAGCAACGGAACCAUGGGUAUUCUCCUCGAGGGCACGAAGGUUCUGAUCAUCCAUCGCCGACUGAAGAACAAGAAGAUUCGCGAGGGUGGACCACCUGACACCUGGUCCUUUCCGGGAGGCGGCCUGGACCCCGACGAGACGCCAGAGCAGUGCAUUGUGCGCGAGAUGAAGGAGGAGCUCGGCGUGGACGUGGCCAUCCAGCCCAUCGGCGACGAGGAUGUAUGGGGCACGACCGACGACGACGUGGACGGCAAGCUGUGGCGCUGCAGUAUCUUUGUUGUUAAGCAAACGAACGCUGGGCAGACCGUCAAGAUCAAUGAACCGCACAAACAUGUCAAACUCCAGUGGAUUGAGUGGAAGAUGCUGUGGGCCCAAAUCAAGGCAGAAACGGAGGGACGCAGAGAAGUCGACGAGUCAGGCGAGCUGAUGAGGCGCUUUUUCCCUACUAUGAAGAACAUGGUCUUGAAAUACCCCAAGCGCGAAGAACCGGCUUGUCUUUCUGGGCGCCUGGGCAACCUGCCCUAAGUUUUGAGGCGCAACGAACCCAUGCCAUGUUUCCGUUUUAGUUUUGGGAUUUUGUUGUAUUGGCUAAGCGGCGAAGGGAUUCAAAGCUGAGCAAUAAUACUGCUAGCAACUAUUCACUUUAAAUUGACCACGAAUGUUAUCACCAGAGGGUCAGGCGGCUACCAUACCACAGCGAGUUGUCAAAAGUUUGUCAAAAGUUGUCGGCUGGGGAUGUGCGAACACAUGACAAAACUGUCCCCGUGUAUACUGUGGCG